CCCCUCUUACGCCCUGUAGAGCCACCCUUGUGGUGUCGAAAUUGUAGAAAUUUGUAUUUAAAUUUUUUUUAAAUACAAAAAGAGAAAGGAAAAAAACAUACAAAAAUGGUGUAGGUGUCAUUUAAUUUGCUAUGUUUUAUAUUAUAUGGGGGGGAGAGAUGUUAUGAUAUUUAUAUUAGUGUUCAGGUAGUGGACAGGGUCAGACUGAAGGGUCAGGGGGGAGUGGUUGUGUGCUGAUUUAACCGGGACAGUCACAGGUGUGUGGGAGGAUUGCGAUUUUGGAGAAGGUUACCUCCAGCUGGGUAGCUGAGGUCGCUAGCUGAAGAACACUACUGAAGACAAAGGAUUGGACGACCUGCUUGUUUCCCCCACCACAAACUUUUGUACACCAUUUAAAAAUCGGAACUGAGACAACAAAGGAGGAGCGGGGCUGGAACGCCGAAAGAACCAAGCCUAUUAGGCAAUGGAGUGGUUCCAGAGGCAGUCGUCUUCUCCUGAAACGCUAAACUAUGCAGAGUCUGAGGACAAAAUGAUGAAAGGCUAUUCUUUGGAGAAGAUGGAUACUCGAGGAGUCUCUUUUAACGAAGAUAGUUUCCGACGGAGAACUGGAUCUGUGGCCUCCAGUCCAGAACAUACUGAUUUGGACAACGGUGAAAUAGCCUCCCCUACCCUAUUCGGAAAAUACCACCAGAGCCUUCAGACCCUCAAACCCUUCCGCUGGUCCUCAUCCCAGUCCCACCCUUUGGACAAUGCAGGUUUCCUGUCAUUCACAACCUUUGCCUGGAUGACCCCCAUGAUGUGGGCCUUGUUCAGGAAUAAGCUGGACAUGAGCUCUCUCAACCUGUCUACUUUGGAUGUAGCCGAAACCAGCGGAGAAAGGCUCCACAGACUCUGGGAGGAAGAAGUGGCAAAGGUGGGCCUGGACAAGGCCUCUGUGUUUCGAGUGAUCCUUCGCUUUCAAAGAACAAGGCUGAUUCUGUCUGUCAUUGUUGCUGUCCUUGCCAUGAUGGCAUCUUUUCUGGGGCCGGCGGUUCUGGUCCAUGAGAUCCUAAAAUAUGUUGACGGCCCGGAGAAGUCCACAGUAUUCCAUGGUGUUGGUCUGUGCUUCGCUUUGUUCACAUCAGAUUUCUUCAAAGCCUUCUUCAUAUCCUUGAUGUGGGCCUUGAACCUGCGCACUGCUGUCAGACUGAAGGGUGCCUACUCUACAUUGGCCUUUCAGAAAGUCAUCUCUCUGCGGAUGCACAGCGGCAUUUCAAUGGGAGAGAUUAUUAGUGUUUUGACCAGCGAUGGCCACAAAUUAUUUGAGGCAGUACUGUAUGCAAGCUUCCUAAUUGCCACCCCAGUGCUCUUUAUUGUGUGUACCAUCUAUGCCUGCUACAUUCUGGGCUAUACCGCACUGACUGGAGUCUGCAUCUACCUCAUCUUCCUCCCUGUACAGAUUGGCUUGGCCAAGCUCAUUAACAUAUUCAGAUGGAAAAGCAUAUCUAUAACAGACAGCCGUGUUCGUACAGUGAAUGAGAUUCUCAGCAGCAUCAAACUCAUCAAGAUGUACGCCUGGGAAGAUUCCUUUGAGAAGAAGAUCGCAGGCUUAAGGAAAAAUGAGAAGAAGGAACUGCAGAGGACCAGUUACGUCCAGAAUGCCAAUAACAGCAUCACCAGCAUUGUCCCCGCCCUUGCCUGUAUUCCCACCUUCAUUGUACACACUAUGUUGGGCUUGAAGCUCGACACGUCUGAUGUCUUUACCACCAUCGCUGUCUUCAACGCUAUGAGGUUCUCCCUAGCUCUACUGCCCCUAAUUGUAAAGUCCUUGGCUGAUGCUGCUGUAUCACUAGCAAGACUCAAGAAAAUAUUGGUGAUCCAGAAUCCAGAGAGCUACCUGAUCCAGAAAAAAGACAGUGACUCAGCCAUAGUGAUGAAAAAUGCUACGUUUUCCUGGAGCCAGCCAGAGUCCCCACCUAGCACAGCCAAUGGGGUGAAGGGACACAAAGUGGAGGACUUGUCCCAGAAUGGGAAGACUGAAACCUUGUCAACCCUGAGAAACAUCUCCUUCACGCUGCCUAAGGGCAACCUGCUUGGUGUCUGUGGGAACGUGGGGAGUGGAAAGACGUCGCUGAUUUCCAGCAUUUUGGAACAGAUGCACCUCCUGCGGGGCUCCCUCACAGCUGAUGGGACAUUUGCCUACGUUUCCCAGCAGGCUUGGAUAUUCCAUGGAACUGUUCAAGAAAACAUCCUGAUGGAGGAACCCUUUGACCAGUCCAAAUACAGCAGAGUUGUGGAUGUCUGUAGCCUCAGAGCUGACCUGAACAUCCUCCCAUAUGGUGAUCAAACUGAGAUUGGAGAGCGAGGGCUGAAUCUGUCAGGGGGGCAGAAGCAGAGGAUCAGCCUGGCCAGAGCGGUCUACUCCAAGAAGGACAUCUUCCUUUUUGACGAUCCACUAUCUGCUGUCGAUGCCCAUGUGGGGAAACACAUUUUUGAAGAAUGCAUUAAGAAGGAGCUCCAGGGAAAAUCUGUCAUACUGAUUACACACCAGCUCCAGUAUCUGGAGUACUGUGAUGACAUUUUAGUUCUGGAGGAUGGCGAGGUGCUGGAGGCUGGGAACCACCGGGCCCUGAUGAAAGCCAACGGACGCUACGCUCAGCUCAUCAGCAACUACCAGAUGGAACAGUCCCAAACUCAGAAUGAGGAGGAGGAGGAGGAAGUGUCACCCAAACACACUGCCCAGCUGAAGGAUGUUGGGCUAAGAGAAAGCACAGACGGCGGUUUAGUGAACCCAGCAUUUGACAUGUCAGAUGAACAGGAUGAUGGGACAACAGCUGACCAAAAAUCUGCUGUCAGUGAUCAGCUGGUCAGUCAGGAGUCUACCACAGAAGGUUCCAUCUCCUGGAGAGUCUACCAUCAAUACUGCAAAGCAGCUGGAGGCUACAUCGUCUGCUUCCUCGCCAUCCUGAACAUCUUCCUGAUGAUUGGCUCCACAGCCUUCAGCAACUGGUGGCUCAGCUUCUGGCUGGGGCAGGGUGAUGGGUCAUCCAAUGGGACAACUUCAAACCAGGGCGACAUCUCAGAAAACCCAGACCUGCACUUCUACCAACUUAUUUAUGGCGUGAUGGGUGUUGUCACAGUUACACUUGCCAUCAUCACAUGCUUCUUCUUCACUUGGGUCACCAUGAAAGCAUCCUGUAAACUCCACGACACAAUGUUCACGAAGAUUUUCUCCAGUCCCAUGAGUUUCUUUGACACAACGCCAACAGGCCGCAUUCUCAACCGCUUCUCCAAAGAUCAAGAGGAGGUGGACAUCGCGCUUCCCCAAAACAUGGACCCUUUCUUUCAGUUUAGCCUGCUGGUCACCUUCACCAUUAUCAUCAUCUCGGCUGUCUUCCCCGCCAUGCUGGUAGCUGUGGUUGUUAUGGGAGCUUUGUUCACCCUCAUCCUCUUUAUAUUCCAGAGGAGUAUCCGUCAGAUGAAGAAGAUGGAGAACAUCAGUCGCUCUCCCUGCAUCUCUCUCACCACCUCUACCCUGCAGGGCCUUAGCACCAUCCAUGCCUACAACUUAGAAGAUAGCCACAUUAAACUGUUCAAGUCACUGAAUGACAUCAACUCCAACUACUUUUUACUGUUUAACUCUGGAACACGUUGGCUCUCCUUCUGGCUGGACUUCAUGGCUGCGACCAUGUCCUUGUUGGUGUCUCUGUUCGUAGUGCUCAGCAGUAAUGACUUCAUCAAUCCGGCUUUGAAAGGCUUGGCCAUAUCCUACACCACACAGCUGACAGGCAUGCUUCAGUACGUAGUGAGGCAGUCGACGGAGGUGGAGGCCAGAUUCAACUCGGUGGAGCGGCUGCAGGAAUACAUCACGGAUUGUAAGCCUGAGGCUCCCAGACACAUAAAGGAGGCUCAGGUCCCAAAGGACUGGCCAAAGAGUGGAACCAUCACCUUCCAGGACUAUAAGAUGAGGUACAGAGAGAAUACACCCAUUGUCCUGAAUGGGCUCAAUUUUCUCAUCAAAGCUGGAGAGAAGCUGGGCAUUGUGGGAAGGACAGGCUCUGGGAAGUCCUCUUUAGGCGUGGCUCUGUUCAGGCUGGUGGAGCCAGCAGCAGGAACCAUCCUGAUAGAUGGUGUGGACAUUAUGGACAUUGGUCUGCAGGAUCUGCGCAGCAAAUUGUCUAUCAUCCCCCAGGAUCCCGUUCUAUUUAUUGGAACAGUCCGAUACAACUUAGACCCCUUCAAUAGCUACAAUGAUGAGGAGAUCUGGAAGGCACUGGAGAAGACCUACAUGAAGGACUCAAUCUCCAGACUGGAGGGGAAACUACAAGCACCGGUGCUGGAGAAUGGGGAGAACUUCUCCGUAGGAGAAAGACAACUAAUGUGUAUGGCUAGAGCACUACUCCGCAACUCCAAGAUCAUUAUAUUGGAUGAGGCAACGGCAUCCAUCGACUCAGAGACAGACGCCUUGAUCCAGAACACCAUCAAAGAAGCUUUCCAGGACUGCACCAUGCUCACCAUCGCCCAUCGUAUCAACACUGUGCUGCACGCAGAUCGUAUUCUGGUUAUGGACAACGGAGAGGUGGCAGAGUUAGACCAUCCAGAUGUGCUGAAGCAAAGACCAGACUCUCUGUUCUCCUCACUGCUCACUGCUGCUAACACUGUGAACACCUGAACUAAAGAGGCCCCGUGGCAACACAGCACAACUACACACUAAUAACUGUAACAUAAGAAUGCUUUCUAUUAUAAUCUGGACUUGUGUGCUUAUAUCAGGUGUAGCUGAGCAGCAGAGAUGGGGUUUAACAUUCAUGCAGAAAAAGACAACAUUUCUAUUUUUAUUUUGUUUUUGGGUUGUCUGUCUGUCCCAUUCUUGUGAAUGCGAUAUCUCAGGAACGCCUGAACAGAAUUUCAUUACAUUUGGCCCAAACUGGCCAUUUUGACUCAACGAUGAACUGAUUAAAAUUUGGUGGUCAAAGGUCACUGUGACUUAACAUAAAACAUUUUUGCCCAUAACUCAAGAAUUGCUACACUAAUAAUGACAACAUUUCACACAAAUGUCUACUAGGAUAAAGUGAUGACAUUUUGUACCCAAAAGGGCAAAGGUCAACUUCACAGUGACAUCAUAGUGUUCUGCAAAAACACUUUUUUGGCCAUUAUUUAACACCAUAACUCAGGAACAGAAGGCGAGACAUUUGGUCGGAUACUGAAUUGGUGACACUUAGGGCCCUAUGUUGCACUCAGCACAAUUGCCUUUGUACACCGACGCAUGUAUCAUUCCUAUUUUGCACCCGACGCACAGCGGACUUUUCCC